CACGGCUCAUCCGAGCAUCUCCGAGCCCAUCAAAGUGGCAAAUUCCUGUCCAACAGGCCACAUAUCUCGGCCCCAAACGACAUUGGAGGCAAAAUGACCGAGGUCGCGUCGACCCCGAGGGCAAACAAGGAGAAUGUCGCGCCUAGGAGUCGCUUCCCCACGCCCCAGACCAUCGACAGGCUCCACAAGCCGUUCAAAUGUCCCGGAUCUGCCACUCGAACAGUGGCAACCGACCGACCUGCCAGGAAGAAGAGGAAGAUAGACUACAAGGGAGCCGACGGAGAUGCCGACGCCGACAAGCCAUACACAAACGAGGACCGCCUCGCCCUCGCGAGUCGAGAUGCGAACCGAUUCCCCGUCUUUGCAGUCAAGGACAAAGACAAGGUCUUCCGCAAGGCUUUCUCCAUCCCCCUCAUCAACAAGAAUAGCGCUGCCUACAAUCCCAACCGGCCGCCGCCCACCCUGGGUCUGAGGACCGGCGCUGUCUUCGUUGCCAAGCCCCUGCACGACCCGAGUGGCGAGUUCUCAAUCGUCCUCUACGACCCUACCAUUGACGACAAGCCCAAGGAGGUCGAGAAGCCGAAGGAGGAGGACAAGCCACCUGCGACCCAGGUAAUUGACGCACCGCUUGUGCACAAGAGUCUUGCCGAGAUUCUUGGUAUCAAGAAGAAGGUCGACACAGAACACCCCCGUGUACCAGUGGUCAUCGACCCGAAGCUCGCCAAGGUCCUGCGCCCCCAUCAGAUUGAAGGUGUCAAGUUCAUGUACCGCUGCACAACCGGCAUGAUCGACGAGAAGGCCAACGGCUGCAUCAUGGCCGAUGAAAUGGGCCUCGGCAAGACGCUGCAGUGCAUCACGCUUCUGUGGACCCUACUCAAGCAAUCCCCGGACGCCGGCAAGUCUACCAUACAAAAAGCGAUCGUUGUAUGCCCCUCAAGUCUGGUGAAGAACUGGGCAAACGAGUUGGUCAAGUGGCUUGGUCCUGGCGCCAUCACGCCCUUCGCCAUCGACGGGAAGGCCACCAAGGAGCAGCUUAACCAGCAGCUCAAACAGUGGGCCAUCUCGAGUGGGCGAGCUGUCACCCGUCCCGUCAUCAUCGUCUCCUACGAGACCUUGCGCCUGAACGUGGAGGAGCUCAAGCACUGCAAGAUCGGACUGUUACUCGCUGACGAGGGCCACCGUCUGAAGAACGGCGAAAGCCAGACCUUCACGGCUCUCAACAGCCUCAACGUACAACGCCGCAUCAUCCUGUCCGGAACUCCGAUCCAGAACGACCUUUCCGAGUAUUUCGCCCUGAUCAGCUUCGCAAACCCUGGUCUCCUGGGCACGAGACUUGAGUUUCGGAAGCGGUUUGAGAUCCCCAUCCUACGAGGUCGUGAUGCUGAUGCGUCAGACAAGGACCGCCAGAGGGGAGACGAGUGCCUGUCCGAGCUGCUCGGGGUCGUCAACAAGUUCAUCAUCCGCAGGUCCAAUGACCUCCUCUCCAAGUACCUUCCCCUGAAGUACGAGCACGUUGUCUUCUGCAGCAAUGCCCCCUUCCAACAUGACCUCUACAACUACUUUAUCAAAAGUCCCGACAUCCAAGCGCUGCUUCGUGGCAAGGGAAGCCAGCCUCUCAAGGCCAUCAACAUCCUCAAGAAACUCUGCAACCACCCAGACCUGCUCGACCUGUCGAAUGACCUCCCCGGCUGCGAGGACCACUUCCCCGAUGAUUACGUUCCCAAGGAGGCACGGGGCCGUGACAGAGACGUCAAACCGAUGUACAGCGGCAAGAUGGCAGUGUUGGACCGCAUGCUGAAGAGGAUCCGCGCCGACACGGACGACAAGAUUGUGCUAAUCUCCAACUACACGUCCACGCUGGACCUCUUUGAGCGCCUGUGCCGGAACGAAGCCUACCCCUGUCUCCGCCUCGAUGGGUCGAUGAACGUCAACAAGCGACAGAAGCUGGUGGACAAGUUCAACGACCCCGACGGGGGCCAGUUCGUCUUCCUCCUCUCCAGCAAGGCCGGCGGCUGCGGCAUCAACCUGAUCGGCGCCAACAGGCUGAUCCUCUUCGACCCGGACUGGAACCCCGCCGCGGACCAGCAGGCGCUGGCCCGCGUGUGGCGCGACGGGCAGAAGAAGGACUGCUUCGUGUACCGCUUCAUCGCGACGGGCACGAUCGAGGAGAAGGUGUUCCAGCGGCAGUCGCACAAGCAGUCGCUGUCGUCGUGCGUGGUGGACGAGGCCGAGGACGUGGAGCGCCACUUCAGCCUCGACAGCCUGCGCGAGCUGUUCCAGUACCGGCCUGACACCCUCAGCGACACGCACGAGACGUUCAAGUGCAAGCGGUGCAAGCCCGACGGGAAGCAGUUCCUCAAGGCGCCCGCGAUGCUGUACGGCGACACGAGCACGUGGAACCACUUCGCCAACGAGGGGCUCAAGGGGAUCCAGGACCUGCUGCUCCGGCAGGAGUGUGGGGAGGAGAACGUGUCUGCCGUGUUCCAGUACAUAUCACACUGAGGGAUCAUCUGUGGCUUUUUGUCUUCCUCUUUUUUUGUCUUUUCGUUCUUGUUCCUCUGACAUGAUAGAUUAGAUGUGCGCGAGGGGUGUCUGUCAGGGCAGCGGGCGUGCACAUGUGGUUCUCGUAAAGGAGUUGGCGUCUGGGAAGGAUGAGAGUGGGGUUUCAAGUGGCUUUGUGCUUUCGCCUAGAAUAGUGUUAGCGGUACUUGCUGCAUUGCUCGGUGUUUUUUUGGGAGUGAUGUGUGAAUAAUCAAUCAUAUUGUCGGCCUCGGCCUCAGUCUGCCUG